UUGCGAUCAACAAUUUACAUAUGCAGUUACGUCGUAAGAUGUGUGGUUAUGUUAAUAAUACCGGGUUAUUGCAAUCCUUUACUACCUCAAAAAUGGCUCAAGUUUUGCUUUUAUUUAGAUGUGGUAACUUCUUUGUGAACAGCUGGUAACAAUAUUCGAAGGACACGUUGUUGUAAACAAAUAAAUACUCUGUUAAUACUAGUCAAGAAAAAUCCACAAGCAAUACAUUAAUUUCAAGUUUUUAAAAUGAAGUUUGCCUUGUCACUCGGUAUUCUAUUGAUUUGUGAAUUUGCAAUAACCUCUGGAAAAGAUGAAAACAAAACCUUUCAUGCAACUAACGAAUGGCAGGAAAUAAAUGACGGGCAAGGUGUUCCUGCUGGAUUACAUAUUCGGAUAAAUUUACAGACCGGUAAAAAAGAAGCCAAAUUGUUAAGUGAUGAAGAGGAUGAGGAUAAGAAUCAUCAUAGAAAUGAAGGUGCAUUAACUACUGUUGGUGGAAAUGUUUAUGGAACAAACUUGAAGGAAACCACCAAUAAUAAUUUAGAAAACAGUAAUACCCUUUCUCCAGAAAGUUUGAAGAAAAUUAAAGAGAACUUCAAAACAUACAAUGAAUUAAAAGAAUCCUAUAAAGAAUUGCAACAAAAGUUUCAGACAGAUGCAGAAUUAAUAACCGGGCUCAUCGAUGAAUAUAAAAAUCUUAGCAGAGAAGAGCGUGAUCAUUCGUUGUCUUUGCAAGAAAAAAUAAAAGUUCAGCUUCGAAUACUUGAAGAUCUAGAUUACCUUGUUCAUCAGAUAGACAACGCAUUGUGGUUCAUUGACAUGGGUGGCUUAGAACAAAUUAUUCUUCCGCUGGUGGUAAACGAGACAAAUAUAAAUUUGAGAGUAAAAGCGGUGCGCGUUCUUGGAGCGUUAACUCAUAAUAAUCCUAAAGCGCAAAUUAAGGCGUUCGAAAAAAAUGUUGGGUCACAUUUGGCUCAAAUUCUUCUUUCAUCAACAAACACCGAAGAAUUAUCUUCUGCAUUGUAUGCAUUUGGUAGCCUCUUAAGAAAAUUUCCUCUGGCAUUACAAAGAAUACUUUCAACGUCUGGAACACAAGCUUUGAUCGCGGUGUUGGAAAAAGAAUGCGAAUUGAAAGUAAAAGCGAAAUCCCUUACACUCAUAAGCGAUGUAAUCGUUGAAAAAAAACUUGUUCUUUCAAAUUACGCCGACUCGGAUAAUCCAUUGGCUGCUGCGCAAUACGCUGAGUUAAAUCUAGCAGAAUGGCUGAAAUCAAAUGCGUUUUGUGAGACUGUUGACGUGUUGGUUUCUUCAAAACUAUACGAACUACUAGAUCAACCAGAUUUAGUGGAGUAUUUCAUUACAGGCUUAGAAAGUUCUAUUGAAAUUUGUCAAUCAGUUUGGUCUAAAAACCCACAGUUAAGACAUACAUUAUUAACCAUUAAAAAUCGGUAUAUGUACGUUCAAGAUGAGUUUCGUUUGGAAAUAGCACAACAGAUAGAAAGACUGAUAAAAGAUCUAUACAAUUCUAUAAAUCAUGAAGAGCUCUAAAUUAUUUCAUUUCUUAUUACAAAUAAAUAAGUUUAUUAGAUAA